AUCAUUAACGUCUUGGUAGAGAUUAGAUAUGAUAUACUUUGAAUAGCUAUACCUUACUUGCCUACAGAAAUAUAAUUGUUUUUUUAUAUAAUUUAUUGAACUGUUGAUACAAUACCUAUACAAUACAUUAAUUGAAAAAGAAAUAUGUCUGUUCUUAAACAUCUUUAUCUCGAUGAUAUUAUCACAUCUUUUCCAGAACUUGGACCAACUAUACAAGAUGGGGGUUAUUCAUGGAUUAUUUUAAUUGGUGUAUUUCUAAUUCAGAUGACCAUACCAAGUAUACUAUCAGUAUACGGUAUUGUACUUGGAUAUUUGACCGAAAAUAAGACAGCCGAAUUUGACUUGUGGGACCAAAAGAUUAUUUUGACACCCAUGCUCUUCAUAGCAUUUUGGAAUUUAGCAGAUCCAUGGUCCAAAGUGAUUGUGGAUUUGUCUUCUGUUCCACGUAUAAUUGGAUUGAUAGGAAUAGCUCUUAUAUCUAUUGGUGUCUUAGCAUCUGGAUAUCUUGCCACUGGUGGAGUUGGAGCAUAUUUAGUUAGUUUGAGUGCUGGUGCAGUUAUGGGUAUAGGAGCAAGUUUUGUACUAAUUCAAAGUCAAGAGUGUUUGCAAAAAUAUUUCCGGAUAAAAUUAUCAAUAGCUCUUACUAUAAGAAAUAUUGCAAUAUCAUUGGGGUAUAUUAUUGUUCCAAGUUUCACUCAUUUGUUACUUAUGCAAGUUCAUUUGAAAAUUGCUUUGUUGCUUAUAACAAUUAUUUUCAUACCAACUAUUUUGGGUGUUGCCCUAUUACGGCAGCCAAUUUCUCCAAAACCUUCACAUUAUAAUUUACUCUUAACAAUUGAAGAUGACAGUGAAAUUUCCACAAAAUAUCUUCCCGAUGUUAAUAUGGGAAUAGAAUCUACAGAAAACAAUAACUUGGAAAAUUCUUCUUGCAAUGGAACAGAACAAAUAGAAGAUACCAACUCUUCAUUUGCUGGAAAUAAUGAGAUUUAUACUUAUGAAGAUAGUGAAGAAGAUAUAUUUGUUAAUUCAAUUAUAAAAUCAAAUAACAAAUGGAAAAAUCGAAUUCGAAUCUUCUUAUAUUUUCGAUUUUGGAUAAUUAUACUUACAUGGAUCGGAAUAAAAUCUUUUACUUUAUUCUUUUGGAUAUCGUUACCUUAUAUGUUUAUCACAAGAAUAUCUUCUUCGCAUGAUUAUGUUACAGUGUCAAUUAUCGCAGGUUUUGGUACUUUUUUACCGAAUUCGAUUACUUUUUUGAUUUUACAAGCUGCACCACAAAAUAGAAGAUUAAUUUUUGGUAUAGCAUGUUGGCUUGGGUGUUCUAUUUUAAUAGUAUUAACAUAUACCACAGAAUAUUAUGUAUUCAUGGCUUGUGCAUUGCUAGGAGGGAUAAGUAUUGGUGGAUUGUCAGUUUGUCAAGAUUUAACACUUUGUGAUAUCUUUGGACCUCGUUUCAUACAUAAAUUUCAUAAAGUAUUUUCAACUGUAGUAGGAAUCAGUUUAUUAUCCCUUUGUUUCGUACGUAAUACAAUCCUGUGUUUUCAUUUAGUUACAUUAUCGUUAUUUUUAAGUGGUUGCUAUUGGAUUUGGUUACCAAUUUUUAAUAUACUAAAACAACGAUGUAUUGCUUGUCGUAAAUCAAUCUAAUUUAUAUUUAAUUUGUAUUUGCAUAAAAUUGAUUUAUACGUAUCAUUUAUCUUAAAAACAAUCUAAUAUGUCAUAUAUUAAAUCAUAUAGUCAUAUAGUUUAAUGUAUAUGUAUAUAUGUAUAUAAUAUAUAAUAUAUAGUAAGAGUAUAGUUUAGACAUAAUUUCAAAUAUUACUAAUGUUGUUAAUUUUUUACACAUAUUUUUUAGAUUAAUCAAAUGAAUAUAAUUAACACAAUUGUCAUAAAAUGCAAAGUAUGUAACUUUUGUUAUUACUAUAGUUCUGAAGUAUCAAUGUCAUAAGCUGUACACAAGGCAUUGAUCUCUGUCUUUUUUGGCAUACUAUCCUACAAAAACUCCAGUUAUGUUUGACUCUUUACUAUCUAUUUUGAGACUGUUUCCAUGGGUCAGCGAGAUCUACUUAUAUCUUUCAACUCAUAUUUGUGCUUUAACUUUAGAAAGACUCAUAUUGAACAAGUAUAACUUAUAUAUCUAUACAUAUAAAAAUUCUUAUAUGUAUUGUAUAAUAUUUAUAUAAUAAUUAUGCUGAUACAUUUUUUAUUAGAUAUAUGCAUUAUGACUGAAAGUUGUAUG